CAAGGAGCCUCCAUCCCAGUUCAUAUGCUCCUCCAGAAAGCUGUCGAUUGGCCUCCAGGUCAGGGCUGUCCACGUCGGAAGGGAAUCUUAGAAGAGGAGAGCAGCCCCUCUCGAAGGAGAGAGAGAAGAGUUUGUACAAAGCGUAUGGCCUUGGGCGGGGAAGACGGCAUGGAUGAAAGGCGGGCGCCCAGUAAACAAGAGGAUCGUGAGCGGGGCACACCCGAGGGUUUGUGCGUCAAGUCAGAGGACCGUGAGGGAGGACGUCCAGCUUUUCAAGAGGAGGAGGCGGGCAUGGCGGAGAUUGUCGAAGUUAAAGUGGAGGAUCUGGAAUAUUUCUCGGUCAGCAUUGAACUGCAGAACCUUGAAACUGAGAAUACUCUCAAACAAGAAGAAUCUCAUUCCAGUGUACGGCAGUUGGUCACAAGUACGGGACAAGCAGCUACCCUGCAGAAUUCAGUGGAACUGAAAUCGGAGUCAUCCGAGUUUGAAGAGAACAUCAGUGAAGGAUACGGGAGAGCAGCAGAAGAGCAGCAGAUGCCACGGCGUUUGGAAAUGAGUUUCUUGGAGAGUUGCGCCUUCUCUGUGUCUUCAUUUGCUCAGACUUCUCUUCAGUACAGACGGCAGCAGAAACAGGACGAGGUGGAGAAGUCACCAAGAAGAUCCAGUAAUUUGACAGCAACCUCUUUGAAGUGCAGUUCACUUAAUGUUGCGAAACCAACACAGACAGAAGACAUCAACACUGAUCGACAUCAUGUGCAUAAUUCAGACCAAGAAGCCUUAUAUGCUAGCCAAGAGUGGGGAAAGGCCUUUAAAAGCAAAUCUGACUGUAAAGGUAAGUCAGUGCAUUCAACUCAGAAUCCAUAUGUGUGUUCUGAAUGUGGCAAACUGUUUCUAUACAGAAGCAGUCUACAUAGACAUAAAAGAAUUCACACUGGAGAGAAACCCCACUGCUGUCAAGAGUGUGGAAAACGAUUCCCCGAUAACAGUGCUCUUCAGAGGCACACACGUGUCCAUACAGGAGAGAAACCAUACAGUUGUACCCAGUGUGGUAAAGGAUUUUCUUAUAAAUGCAAUCUGGAAAAACAUCAAAAAAUUCACACUGGAGAAAAACCCUAUUGCUGUUCUGAAUGUGGUAAAGGAUUCUCAACUUUAGGUAAUUUUCAUAACCAUGCGAGAAUUCACAGCGGAGAGAAGCCUUAUUGCUGUAGUGAAUGUGGCAAACGGUUCAUACGAGGAAGCGACCUGUGGCAGCACAUUAGAAAUCACUCUGGAGAUAAGCCUCACUGUUGUUCAGAAUGUGGCAAAAGAUUCUCUUACAGUAGUUCUCUUCAGAGGCACAAACAAGUUCACACUGGAGAAAAGCCAUAUCGGUGUUCUGAUUGUGGCAAACAGUUCACUGAUCAUAGCCACCUUUAUCAGCACACACGAAUUCAUACAGGAGAGAAGCCGUAUAGCUGUUCUGAAUGUGGCAAACGAUUCACCGAUAGUAGUACUCUUCGGAGCCACGCACAAAUUCAUACUGGAGAGAAGCCGUAUUGCUGUUCUGAAUGUGGCAAACGAUUCUCUGACCAUAGCUCUCUUCGGUAUCACACACGGACACAUACUGGUGAGAAGCCAUACUGCUGCCCUGAAUGUGGUAAACGGUUUUCACACAGAAAAGGACUUAACUACCAUUCAGACAUUCACUCCAGAGAGAAAAGAAUCGGUACUGAGAUGGCUGUGGGAUAUGAUUACUUCAUACCUCAAGUCGAACUAUUGGAAGAAGAAGAAGAAGAAGAGGAGAAGACAGUGAAUAGUUUUGCACACAACAUGGCCUCAGACAAAGAGGACGGUAGUGAUGGUAGUCUGCAGCACAUUAAAGAAGAGGAUUGUGAAUGGGGCGCGCCAGAGGAUCUGGAAGAUCCUGAAAGAAGAAUUCCAGUUUUGAAAGAGGAGGAGGAGGAGACCAAGGAGGAGAUUGUUGAGGUUAAAAUUGAGGAUUUCUACUUUAGACUUACAGUGGACAACCAUGAAGCUGGGAAUCUUUUCAAACAGGAUAUCUGCGAAGACUCUCACUGCAGUUUACUGCCCUGUCUCACCAAUGUUGGACAACAGCAAAAUUCUGUGGCGCUGAAAUCUGAGUUACCUGUGAUGGAAGAGAAAACCGACGAGGGACAUGGCAGAGAAGAAGAAGAAGAGCAGAAGAGCCCUUGGAGUUUUAGAACGAAUUUACAUGAGAGUGGCGGCCUUUCAUCAUCUUCACUUGCUCAGCCCUCUCUUCACUGCAGAGUGCAACAGGACCAGGAGGAGGAGAAGAACUCAACAAGAGGAUCGGAAGGUUUGACUCCAGUCUCUUUCGAGUUUAGUUCCUUUUCUGCUGCCAAACAAGAUCAGACAGCAGCUAUCAACCCCGAUCAACAAAAAGUGCACAGUACAGAUGAAGAGGCCUUGUAUGCCCGCAGACAAUGGAGAAAAUGUUUCAAAAACACUCCUGACUGUAAUGAGUCUGUUCACCCAAAGCGGAAGCAAUACGUCUGUUCUGAAUGUGGCAAACUGUACUCCAGCAGUAGUGCUCUUCACAAACACAAAAGACUUCACACGGGUGAGAAGCCCCACUGCUGCUCUGAAUGUGGUAAACAGUUCUCUUACAAGAAUGGGCUUCAAAGACAUACGAGAAUCCACACGGGAGAGAAGCCGUACGGCUGUGCUGAAUGUGGCAAAAGAUUCUCUGACAGUAGCACUCUUCAGCUGCACAUAAGGAUUCACACUGGAGAGAAGCCAUACUGCUGUUCUGAAUGCGGCAGGAGAUUCCCGUUUAAGAGCAGCCUCCAGAAUCACAUCAGAAGUCACACGGGAGAGAAGCCAUACGGCUGUUCUGAAUGUGGCAAAAGGUUUGCCACCAUUAGCACUCUUCAGUGCCAUGCAAGAAUCCAUACAGGAGAGAAGCCAUAUUCCUGUUCUGAAUGUGGCAAACGAUUCUCCCAUAACUGCAGUCUGCAAAGACACACAAGAAUCCACACUGGAGAGAAGCCGUUUGGCUGUUCCGAAUGUGGCAAACAAUUCUUCGACAGUAGCAGUCUUCAGAAGCACACGCAAGUUCAUACUGGAGAGAAGGAGUCCUGGAAAUGAAAGAAGUGUGCCUCGCCCUUAUCAAUACAGACAAGUGUACAGGAAUAAUAUAAUAAUAAUAAUUCAUUACAUUUAUAUAGCACUUUUCUCAGUACUCAAAGUGCUAUCCACAAAGGGAGGAACCAGGAAGCGAACCCACAAUCCUCCACAGUCUCCUUACUGCAAAGCAGCAGCACUACCACUGCGCCACCUGUGAGGAGAUACUUUAUUAAUCCCAAGGGGAAAUUCAUAUACUCCAGCAGCAGCACACUGAUAAAAAAAUAAAUUAAAGAGUGAUAAAAAUGCAGGUAUACAGACAGACAAUAACUUUGUAUGAUAAAGUAUAAUGAAUACAAAGCAUGUCCUUGAACAUAGACAGAUUGAAGUUGUUCCUCCUCUAACACUUAAUAGAAUCCAGGCCACAAACCAGCUGGCUACAUAGCUUUAGUAACAUUAGCUGCCUACACCCUAUCAUUAAUAAUAGAGAGCAACAAGAUGGUAGCUACUUGGGACACACAAAUUAUAGACAAAUAUACAUCCAGAAAUACAGGCUUAAUCAUCAAAGGAGAACAGCCUGGAUCAUCAAAGUAGGAAUCACAAGGAAUUACUCGGGCAGCGCCGGACUGGGAAGCUCAUUUAGGCCGGGAAUCCCAAGUCUAACCCUGGCCACACAUCAGUUUUCUUCUACAGGCACAGAAUCAACAACAAACACCAUUUUGUCUUGGAAUUUUGUAUGAAAAUAAUGAAUGAACUAAUGCAUUUAAUUGUCACUCUUUUUAACAUAGAGCCCCAGAAAAACUUAAUAGAAAUGUAGUUUACCUUUC